AUGUGUCUCACUGCUACUAUGGAUGCCUUAUGUUGUACAGGAAUGGUUUGUUGUAAAACAAUAUGCUGUUGUUGUAAGAGUUGUUGUGGUUCAACUUUUAAAGAAUAGAUUAAGUUGGCUUAUAUAUUACUUAAUUAUACAACAAUCUUUGUUACCAUGAUAUUUUGCUAUUUUUUAUAAGGUUUGUUUGAUAACUAUUUAAAAUUUAUAUAAUGUCCCACAGAUGAUAAUUCAUAAUGUUUAGGGGUGUCAAGUAUAUAUAGGAUUUGUUUUGUUUUAAUGUGGAUGUAUAUAUUUUUAAUGAUCUUUAUGUUGAUAAGAGGAGAAAUAGCCAAAAUUGCAAAUGAAAGUUUAUGGCCUCUCAAAUUUUUGUAUUUCUUAUAUUAAUUUAGGUUCAUUGCAAUAUUUUUCUUUGGAACUUUAUUCAUUCAUAAUUCAUUUUUCAAAGGAUAUGUGUAUUUUGCAAUUGUUAUAAGUGGACUCUUUAUGGUUUUUUAAAUUAUUAUGUUGAUUGAUGUAUUUUAUUUAUGGGGUCAAAGUUGGAUUAGCAUAUAUGAUAAUGGAGGAGAAUAUAUGAAAUAUAUAUUAAUCAUCACAACAGCAAUUUUAUAUGGAGGAGCCUUAACAUUAAAUAUUUUUAAUUUUAUCUGGUUUUCUGGAUGUGGGACAAAUAUUUUUAUGAACAUUUUUACAAUCAUUUUAAUUGUAGGAGCUACUGGUGUUUAAUUAUUAGGAUGGAAUCCAUAAGGAUCCUUACUUACAUCAGGAGCCAUGGCUAUAUAUAUAGUAUUUCAAGCUUAUUAAGCUUAAUCUUCAUGGCCUGAAAGUUAAUGCAAUUCAUUAUCUAAAUCAGAAGGAACCAGGAUAAUAGAAAUUGUUGUUGGCAUAUUAUUAACUAUUGUUUCACUCCUUUAUCUAACUUUUGGAACAUCAAAUUCAUCUUCAAUUAAUCUUGUAUAAUUAGAAUCUAAAGAUGAGAAAUUAGAAAAUCAAUAAAGAGAAGCAAAUUAAGAUGAAGAAUAAUAAUUAUUAUAAUAAUAAUAAUAAUAAUAAAAACUAGAAGAAGCCAAAGAAUUAGUAAAAUAAGCAGAAAUGUUACCUUACACUACAAAUUAAUAUUUAAUGUUUCAUUUUAUUAUGUUUAUCACUAUUAUUUAUAUGAUGAUAUUAUUGACAAAUUGGAGUGAACCAAAUUUUAAUGAGAAUUCUUUUGAAGCAUAUUAACCAAACAAAUUAGCUUAUUGGGUAAUCAAUUAUUAUACUUUAUAGGUCAAAAUGGUCACAUCUUGGUUAGCUGCUUUACUCUACAUUUGGACUUUGAUUGCACCACAUAUUUUCCCAGAUAGAGAUUUUAGUUGA